AUGGCCACUACUGAGAACGGGAAGGCUGAACAGAGAGUAAUAAAAACACCCCCAAAAUCACUGGGUGCCUCCAUCCCUGGAGGCCAUCACCAGAUCCACCUGUCUCAGGAAAACCACGACCAUCACAGCUGUAACGGAAUACACUGGGGAGUCCCAAAAAUCUCAGAGCAUAUAGUUUUUGCAGUGGUUGAUGACACAGAGGUGUUUUAUUGCGAUGCAAGCAAGAAGAUGUUUGAACCAAGACAGGAGUGGGUGAAAAAAAUGUUUGACAACAACUCUCAAUUGUUGUUGAAGUACACUCAUAGUUGUUUUGAGCAUCAGCCAAAAAUUUUCAAAAACUCGAUUUCUUAUUGGAAGCAGAUGUUAAACCAAAGUGAAGGUGUUCACAUUUUGCAGGCUAUGACUGGCUGUAAUGUGAAUGAAAACUCUGGAGAGGUUGCAGGCUUUCUACAGAUAGGUUUUAAUGGAGAAGGCUUUUUUGAAUUUGAUCCAAAGACAAAGACAAUGAUCGCACUGAAACCAGAACUUCAAGUUAAUGAACAGAUGAUGAAUGAUUACAGAGAUCUAGUUAAAUACAUUGAAAAUGCCAUCAGUACAAUUUAUCCAGAGGAACUGAAGAUUUUCUUGAACUACGGGAGCAGCUCCUUGAAGAAAACAGUUCUUCCCUCAGUGUCUCUCCUCCAGAAGACUCCCUCCUCUUCGAUCAGCUGCCACACUACAGGUUUCUAUCCUGACAGAGGUAUAAUGUUCUGGAGGAAAGAUGGAGAGGAGCUUCAUGAAGAUGUGGAUCCUGGAGAGAUCCUCUCCAACAAUGAUGGGACCUUCCAGAUGAGUGUUGAUCUGAAACUUUCAUCAGUCACACCUGAAGACCGGCAGAGGUACGACUGUGUGUUUAGGCUCUCUGCUGUGAACGAGCACAUUAUCACCAAACUGGACAAAACAGCGAUCAGGACCAACUGGGGUAAGACUGGAUUGUGUUGUUCAACAGAGAAGCCAGCUGACACUGUGACCUUCAUCAGUGCUGCAGUGAUUGUUCUUACUGUCACCAUCAUCACAGUUGUGGCAUUUGUAGCUUACAAAAAGAAGAAAGCUCCUGACGAUGGCCCUGAGCAGUCUGAGAGACUAAAUCCACAAAGUUGA